AUGGCAACUGCCCAGGUCGUCGAUAUCCCGCUCCCAGCUCUCCCCCAGGGCUGGAGCGCCGAGAAAGACCACAAAGUCCUCGCCGCGCUCUCCAGUGCCACGCAGCGCAAUGUCGAGCCUGUUGGGCCGCACUUUCUGGCCCAUGCCAGACGGAAGCGUCAUAACCGCACAUUCUCCGAAGAUGAACGCAUCCAGGCGCAGGAGAAGGUUAAGAAGGUCGAGGAGGAGGACGAGCUGAGUGACAUCUCCGAGCCGGAAGACCCGGUCAUGCUGUCCCGAGAUGCCAAGGAUUGGAAGACCAUUAUGCCGUCCUCGGCCUCAGCAAGCUCCGCUACAAGGCCACCCCCGAGCGAGAUCAAGCGCGCCCACCGCAAGAAGGUCCUGCGUCACCACCCCGACAAGAAGGCGGCAUCCGGCCAGGGCGAGAACGACAACUUCUUCAAGUGCAUCCAGAAGGCGGCUGAGAUUCUCCUGGAUCCGGUGAAGCGGCGCCAGUUCGACUCGGUCGACGAGGCGGCUAACGUGGACCCGCCGACGAAAAAGCAGCUGCAGAAAGGCAACUUCUACGAGCUGUGGAACCGGGUGUUCGAGUCGGAGGCGCGCUUCUCCAACAAACAACCGGUGCCGAUGCUGGGCGACGAGCACAGCACCAAGGAGGAGGUCGAGAACUUCUACAACUUCUGGUACAACUUUGACAGCUGGCGGACGUUCGAGUACCUGGACGAGGAUGUCCCCGACGACAACGAGAACCGCGACCAGAAGCGGCACAUCGAGCGCAAGAACGCCAACGCGCGGCGCAAGAAGAAGACCGAGGACACGGCGCGGCUGCGCAAGCUGGUCGACGAAUGUCUGGCGGGUGACGAGCGGAUCAAGAAAUUCCGCAAGGAGGAGCGCGCUGGCAAGGACAAGAAGCGGCUGGAGAAGGAAGCAGAGGCGAAGCGGAUAGCGGAGGAGAAGGAGAGGCAGCGGCAGGAGGAGGAGCGGCGCAAGAAGGAAGCCGAAGAGGCGGCCAAGGCGGAGCGCGAGGCGCAGAAGAAGGCCAAGGAGGCGGCCAAGAACGCGGCCAAGAAGAACAAGCGCGUGCUGAAGGGCAGCGUCAAGGACGUCAACUACUUUGCCGAAUCGGGCGACCCGUCGCCGGCGCAGGUGGAUGCCGUGCUGAACGACGUCGAGCUGGUCAUGAGCAAGAUCAGCCCGGAGGAGCUGGCGGCGCUGGCGACGAAGCUGACGAACGCAGGCAAGGAUGUGGCCGCUGUCAAGGCGACGUAUGCGGAGGAGGUCAAGCGGCUGGUUGGAGAGGGCAAGUUGAAGGAGGGAGAGGUCAAGACGUUCGCGUAG